AGGGCAAUCCCGUGCUUCCGGACCUCGCUUGCUUCCUAUUCUCUGCCUUCAUAGUUCGUCCUAGACAAAGCGACUAGUCUGGUUUCUUGUUUCCCCAACAGAACGCAGAAUCAUCUGAAAUUAGGGUUUCUCGGCGAUGGCAUUGUGUGGCCGAAUCAGAUCAGGCAUUUGUCUCGUCAACAAAUUGACGCAUCUUACUUCCGAUUCUAUCUCUGCUCAGAGAUCCACACUUCCUCGAUCCCUGAUUGCCCCCUUCACUUCCCUGGACUCUAGGAAUUAUGCCACUGCAUCAGGGAAAAAGGAUGAAAAAGUAAAGGUACCACUGGCCUUGUUUGGAGGUUCAGGAAACUAUGCCUCUGCUUUGUAUAUUGCAGCAGUAAAAGCUAAUGCAUUGGAAAAGGUUGAGUCUGAGGUUCUUGACUUUGUUGAGGCAAUAAAGAAGAGUCCUAAAUUUUUACAGUUUACAAAGGACUUGUCUGUGCCUAAAGAUAUCAGAGUUAAGGCCAUCGAGGAAAUUUCUAAGGAAGCUAAAUUUUCAGAUAUUACGAAGAACUUCCUUGUUAUCGUGGCUGAGAAUGGGAGGCUAAGAAACUUAGAUACCAUUGUAAAGAAGUUUUCUGAGGUGACCAUGGCGCACAAGGGAGAAGUGAAAGCCAUUGUGACCACUGUUAUUCCACUUCCUCCUCAAGAAGAGAAGCAACUGAGAGAGACCCUUCAGGAGAUCAUAGGCGCAGGGAAAAAGGUUCACAUUGAACAGAAGAUUGAUCCCAGCAUCCUUGGUGGUUUAGUGGUAGAAUUUAACCAGAAGGUCCUAGAUGUUUCAAUUAAGACUAGGGCUAGCCAGAUGGAGCGGUUCCUCCGGGAGCCCAUAAAUAUUGGCGACAUCUAGAUGGAAACAAUUUCUUGUUGACAUUUGCUUUCGUCUGCAACAAUUUCCCUGAACAGUUCAAGAAAGAGAUGAAGUAAUCUUAUUGCUUUUUUGUGUGUUUCUCAUAUCUGUAUUUGUGGGAUGCAAUGCAAAUCUUUUUGCAAAUAAAAGCUACUUCCUCCAAACUUCUCAUGAUGCCUCGGUGCCCUUUGUAUGGGAUUGAGUAUAUCUUGAUUUGGCCUUUUGAGUUA